AUGUUCAUCGGGGGACUGAGCUGGCAGACCACGCAAGAGGGCUUGCGGGAGUACUUCAGCCAGUUCGGCGAGGUGAAGGAGUGCCUGGUGAUGCGGGACCCGCUGACAAAGAGAUCCAGGGGCUUCGGGUUCGUCACGUUCAUGGACCAGGCUGGCGUCGACAAGGUCCUGGCCCAAUCCAGACAUGAACUGGACUCCAAGACGAUUGACCCGAAGGUAGCGUUCCCCCGCCGAGCACAGCCCAAGAUGGUGACCCGAACGAAGAAGAUAUUUGUGGGUGGUCUGUCUGUGAACACUACUGUGGAGGAUGUGAAACAGUAUUUCGAGCAGUUUGGGAAGGUGGACGACGCGAUGCUGAUGUUCGACAAGACAACCAACCGACACCGAGGGUUUGGGUUUGUCACAUUUGAAAGCGAAGACAUUGUGGAAAAAGUGUGUGAAAUCCACUUCCAUGAGAUCAACAAUAAAAUGGUGGAGUGUAAAAAAGCCCAGCCGAAGGAGGUGAUGUCCCCAACGGGCUCGGCACGAGGGCGGUCCCGAGUCAUGCCUUACGGGAUGGAUGCCUUCAUGCUGGGGAUCGGCAUGCUGGGUUAUCCAGGCUUCCAAGCUGCCACCUACGCCAGUCGGAGUUACACUGGCAUCGCACCUGGCUACACUUACCAGUUCCCUGAGUUCCGUGUAGAGCGGACCCCUCUCCCGAGUGCCCCCGUCCUCCCUGAGCUCACAGCAAUCCCCCUCACUGCGUAUGGACCAAUGGCGGCAGCAGCGGCUGCGGCAGCCGUGGUGCGAGGGACAGGUUCCACCCCCAGUCGCACCGGUGGAUUUCUGGGCACCACCAGCCCCGGGCCGAUGGCAGAGCUUUAUGGAGCCGCCAACCAGGACUCAGGGGUCAGCAGUUACAUCAGCGCUGCCAGUCCAGCCCCGAGCACCGGCUUCGGCCACAGCCUAGGGGGUCCCUUGAUUGCAACAGCUUUUACCAAUGGGUAUCACUGAAGCUGGGGACCAAGGAGGCAGGAGAUUCCCCAGUGACCUAACCGAGGACAGCGGCUGGAGGAUCUGGUGAGCCUCGGGGGAUGAGCCAAGGUUACCUUUUCUUGAAUCAAACUGCACACUGCCGGCCGGCUGCCAGGCUCCUGCCGCCCUGCCCUGAUCUCUCCCUUUGACCAGACCACACUGGACUGAACCCGAGGAGAUCAUCUCGCUUUCUUACUAACCACCGACGGUUUACGCUUCCCCCCUCCCUGCCCCCAGCCCACCGAUUCUUCUUUUAUUUAUUUUAUUAGCUGUUAGUUUUAUUUUUUUAUUUUAUUUUUUUAUCUUUUUUUGGGGGGGGGCUACCCCUUCUUUUUGUUGUUUGCUCCUUCCCGAGCUAGUAGACAUAUUUUAUGAAUUGGCUUUGUGAUUGUGUUAGGUAGUUUUUAUUGAGGAGUAUUUUUAUUUGGCUUUGAAACUGUUUUGAAUAUUUUCAACUCUGUUGUUGUUGUCGUCAGUGUUUUUAAAGCACGGUAUGUAACAAGAAUGCAGUUCUGAAGGGAAGAAAGAGACGCAGAGAGAGCAAAGGCUGAGAGGAACUGAUGUAUUUCUAUUUUUUUUAAAGAAACUGUUUUUAAUUGUUUCUGUUUUGUAAAUGUGAGGCUUUGAAAAGUGUGAAACUCCAAGGAUCCGAAAACGUUGGACAUCGCUAUGGAACAAAACAAAUGUAUAUUUUGCUAAGUGAAAAACACUAUCCUUACAGCUGAAAGAAUUUUUUUUUUUUUCCUAGGUUUAGUUUUACGUGGGGUUUUCUUUUUCCUCCUGUAUAAUAUGUAAAUAUCGCGAGCUGAACCUGGCUGCCUCCUGCAGCCUGGCUCCAAGGAGCAGCUCCAGGUCCUGGACUUGGUGCCGCAGUGUGAGCAAUACUCUCCAGCAGAAUCCUGACAGGACUCCGUUCUUUUUUUGUACACCUUUUACUGUAAGAUUUUAAGACCUCUGAUGAGAUGAAAAGGGGGGGUGGGGGUGGGGGGCGGGGGUGAAAACGUACCGGCCAUCGGCUGUUUUGCUGAGCGGGUUAAAGCUGCUUCCAAUCGCUCGAUGUACAGACUCCAUCACUGGGCUCCGUAGCGCCAGCCUCGGGCUCGGCUUUAGGUAAAGGGCUUUACCGCCAUCGCUUGUCUUGGUUACUUUGAAAAGAAUUCACUCUCCAAACACUAUCGCUCGCGUCAAGAUUUCCUGGGGAAGGGGGGAUCCUCCUCCGGAGGCGAGGGUAUCGGAGC